AGCUCACCUGGCUGCAGAGUUUUCCUCAGUGGAGACAGGGCUUCCAGCUGGGGAAAGAGUUUCCAGUUUCAGGAUGAGAGCUACUGUGUUGAGCGUAUGGUUGCUCUUGAUGAUCUGCAGCUGCUUCAUGAGAGAAACGAGAGCCGGGGCCCAGUUGAAGGGUUUUCUGUCAGCAGGUUUGGUUCAGUCAGAGUGCCGAGAUCGGUACCUGUGGAUCCGAGUGGCUUCAGCACAGGUGCCUCACUUCGAAGCAGUCGACGAAGACGGUGUCCACUCCAUCAGUAAGCAGCUUGCGUCCCGCUGUGGUUACACCAUCAGCACCUUCAGGGUGGAUGGCGUCACCAUCUUCAGAGCAUCAUAUUACGCCUGCUUCACCCACAACCAGAAUGACGAGGUGUUCACCUUCAAGUUCAACGUGAUGGUGAAGGACGGCAGUGGUGACAAGUUGAGCAGCCAGUUUGUUUCUGCAGUCUGUUCUGGUCUCAGCUGGACCCACAGAGAGCUCACAUGUGAGGAAGACUACAUGGAGGUGAAUGUGAACAGAGAGUCUUCAUGUGGUGGUCAAGGGGUGGAGGGUGGACAGGUGUGGCAGGAAGCUCUCUUUAAGGCUCAGAGAACAGCCAGUUUGUCCUGGCAGCUGAUGUUCCUGCAGAGCGACGGACAGACCACCUCCAUGUCCAUCCCAGAGGCCCAGAGGUGGGGCUACAGCAUGAUGGCCACCUCUCAGAGGGUGAUCCUUCGAUCUCCGUUCAAACAGCCGUAUGCUGAGGUCACCAUGGUUGACGAUGUUCCUGUUGAGACAGUCCGGGUCUCUCUGUUCUUUAAACAGAAGCUUGUGCUGAUGAUAAUUGACAUGUCCAUGGCAUGUACACUCAAUUCUGGAUCAUUUGAUGGCACUCUGUUGCUCUGGGAGGUCCCUCAGGUCCUACCCGAUCUGGUUGGAGAGAGAGCAGAAUUUGAAAGUCGGAGCUUCAGUUUGGGACUGGAGGGUUUUCUUCUGGAUGAAGCUACUGCCACCUCCAGAGGUCUCAGUCUGGUUCACCAAGAAGGUAUGGUGAAGAUCGGAGUUCCUUUUGGGUCAGAAGGCGGCUUCAGGAAGAGUUUGGUAGUGGAAAAUAUGUACAAGGAGUUUUAUAUGGUCCCUCUCAUGUAUGAACAUGUCUUCUCUCUGGUCUUUGAUGAUGGCCACAUCAUUGACACCAAACACAGAACAUUCAAAGUACUUGAGACACCACUGAUCUGUAGGCCACCUUUCAGCCUCAACAAGACGAUCAGUGACCAUCAAGAGUUCACAGUCUACCUUGGAAACAUUCCAACAAAUGUCAUCUUGGAGGAAAUCUGGAUCAACGGACAGCGGUUGCUGAUGUUGGGAAAGCCACAGCAAGGCCUCAGCAUCAGUCCGAUUGUUCAUGUGAACGGCAGCCAAGCCUACGAGCUGCAACUGCCUUUCAACGAUCCUGUUGUGCAGUGGACGAAUGUGGGUGGAGGUGUAGUACUGUACUCUAUAGAUUUAAACUUCACUUUAACCGUUGUGCCACAAAGACAGUCCUACUACCACCAGAACUUUAUCACAGCCCAAGUUUUCAAUGCAUUCCCUCCAGAGAUAACGGCUCAGUGUUUGGAGGGAGGAAUUUCCUUCAGCAUAGUCAAACAAUCUCCGAGUCUGUGGGAAGUGGGCAUCGACCACGAGCCUCUGACGGAGCAGCUGGUGGACCAGAGAGGAUACCGCCUCCACAACGACAGCCACAGAACCAUCCUGGAGGUCCCUGUUUUCUCUGUCGGCUACACUUAUGAGGACAUCAACUUGUCCAACUUUUAUGCAAUGUUUAAGCUGCUUUUAAGAGAUUCCAAAACUCUAGAAGUCCAGGCGUCUGCCUCCAAACGCUGUCUCUUCAGAACAGAAGACAUGAUAGUAUGUUCUGCAGGCGGUACCGUGACGGUGGUGGCAACGCCGACCUCCACAUGGCCCAUGGUGAAACCUGAAAAAACCAGUCUGUUGGACCAUAGCUGCAAACCAAAACAAACUGAUGGAGCCAGCGUCUUGUUCGAGUUCAAGGUGGACUCCUGUGGAACCAGAGCCAUGGUCGGGGAGUGGUACAUAGUCUACGAGAAUGAGAUUCUCCAUGAUCGACUUCUGAUUGCAGACGGGCCAAACUUCAUCUCCAGGGAACCUCAGUUCAAGGUCACAGUGAGGUGCUUCUAUCCUUUGAGUGCAGUCAACAGAGUUUCUUUGGACCGAACCUUCACCUCAGUGACUCCUGGCUUUGGAUCAAUGAGAGCUUUUGAGAGCCAAAGAGAUUCAAUGAAAAAACAAUGUCCAUAUCAGCAUUCAGAGACAACCAAUGCCCCAUCAAACAAACCCCACCUAACCCAAUCUACAGUGGGAACCCUGCCUCUGUCUGGCUUCAGGCCUCAACCCAGACCAGGAAAGAGCCACUUCAUCACAGUACCAGGAGGACAAAACAAGGUGCAAUCCUCCUCAAACCAGGAUGAUUCUUCAGAAACACCGACCAUGUUUUAUCAGUUACCUGAUGCAGAACACCUUGAUGCACCAGUAAAGAACUUCAAGGGAGAGGCCUGGGGAACUCCAGGACCAAGUGAAAAAUAUAUAACUUUAGGGUCCUUUGACAGGAUUCCCAAUGCUCCAGCCAGGGAAAAUGUUGGAAGUUCAAGUCAGACACUUGUUAGUCUGAACAAGUUCCCUAAAGGUGAUGACACUGGUCUACCCUGGGGUCAGUCCAUUAUUGGUCAAAGUGACAUUGGUCAGCAUCCAUCACAUCAGAGCCUUCCAGUUGAUCUCUCAUCUAGCAUGGCAGGCUUAAAGCAGCCCACCUUAAACCUCUAUGGGUCCUCAGGUGUUGAAAUGGCAGUCAAUGAGCUUCAGAACCCAGUCUACCAACAUCGGUAUCACUAUAAGCCAAAUCAAGCCCCUCACCUCCAUACUUUCCUGCAACCACAGGGCCAUGUCAGGAAUGAGCUACCCCAGCCUAGUAAACAGAAAGUACUUGAUCCUGGUGAUGGUAAAAGUGCUAUUCCUGACCAGUCUGAUAGCCUGCAGGAGUUUCUCUACAACAAACAGACCACUGUACCCAUCCAAGAGGUCCAAAACCUGGAAGGACUUGGACCAGUCAAGUGGAACAUUCAAUCUAGAGUGCAGAGCAUCAGAGUAAAACCUCCCAGCAAGUUUGUCUCUUCUGUUCUUCGUCUCAACCAAAAACCUAUUGUUCAACAAACAAACUCUCAAAGCCCUAACCUCUCCAAGUAUGUCUUUGCUAUGACACCUGCCAGUGGUGAUGAGAACCAUAGGUCCUAUCAACAAACUACUGAGAAUAGAGGGUCCAAACCAGUAGAAAAACAUCUUCCAGAGAGACCAGAUGCCUUAACACCAAUGCAGGUGGAGCACCAGCACCCACUGGUCCCCCAGUUUUCCAGCCAGCCGGAGCACCAGCACCCACUGGUCCCCCAGUUUUCCAGCCAGCCGGAGCACCAGCACCCACUGGUCCCCCAGUUUUCCAGCCAGCCGGAGCACCAGCACCCACUGGUCCCCCAGUUUUCCAGCCAGCCGGAGCACCAGCACCCACUGGUCCCCCAGUUUUCCAGCCAGCCGGAGCACCAGCACCCACUGGUCCCCCAGUUUUCCAGCCAGCCGGAGCACCAGCACCCACUGGUCCCCCAGUUUUCCAGCCAGCCGGAGCACCAGCACCCACUGGUCCCCCAGUUUUCCAGCCAGCCGGAGCACCAGCACCCACUGGUCCCCCAGUUUUCCAGCCAGCCGGAGCACCAGCUAAUCCCUUUAUGGGCUGGGACAAAUGAUCCAAGAAUGGAGUCCAGGUUAUCUCAAAGACCUGUCCUUCAAAAGUCAGAACCUUCCCUCAUCAGAGUGAGACCAACUGGUCUUGGAAUGAGACUGCAGACUCAGAACCAAUCUGAGCUCUUACAGAACCAGGACCACUUACUUAAGGAGGGAGUUAGCAGAAUGUUCUACCAGAACUUUACACCUCAAAACCCUAGCCAGGGUGACACUGGAGCCCAAAGCCCACCCACAGGAGAAGCAGAAGUGGGUCAUCCUCAAACCAACCCAAAUGGUUCUGAUUCAAAACCAAUGAUGCACAGCACAUUGACCUGUGGUGCCGAAUCCGGUCUUUAUGGAACAAGUGUUCACCAAGGAAUCAUCAGAGGUAUGAACACGGUGCCUCCACCAGAUUAACGUGUGUAAUUCAAGUAUCUGAAUUAUGAAGCAUUAUCUCCUCAGGUUCACCUGUUCCCUGUAUGUUGCCAUGGUAACUAACUCUGGAGCUGGUGUAGAUUUUCAUAUUGGGAACAGAGCAGCUGCUUCUGACCAACCAUUUCUCUGAAAUAAUCAAACAUACCUGGGUUCUGGACAGUGAGGGUGUUCAGGUUAAUUUGGAGUUGAUAUUUAUUAAACCCUUAACAAGGAAAGACCCAUUUAGAUCUAAAAUCAUAAUUACAUGGGUGACCUGGACACAAACCACUCUUAAUGACCCACUAACACCCCUUCAUCUGCAGGACUAGUUAAACCAGAUCACCUAAACAAUCCAGCUUUAUUGUACAGUAGACGACCACUUUCCCAAUUAAUCAGAUGGAUGGAACCCAGUUUGGAGCAGCAGAACGGACUCAUCAGAAUCUUUCUUUUAGUUUGAAUGCAUGCAACAGAUGUUUUAGAGAUCAGAUUCCUGAUCAGUUACAGAUGACCAUCUGCAGAGGUGUUUUGCUUGGUUCAGACCCAGUUUAAUCUGGAUUAAAAUGGAGCUGUGGGAACCUGCAGUAAACAACUCUGCUCUUUGUUCUGACCCAGUUUAGUUUGAUCGAAACCGCUGUGAGAAUAAAAUUAAACUGAACCCUGACCUGUUGUUGAAGUUCUAACCUGAUUAUGUCUCUUUGCAGGUGUGCACCUCUGAUCACUGUUGCCUCCAUGUUUAAUAAAGAAUAUUUUUCAGCUG